AUGCACGAGGUCCGUGGACAGCAACAGCGACCUCCAAGUUUGGAUCGGACCACGGGAGAAAGAAGGCAAGCUCCUAGGAAAAGGAGUGCAGAGAGUGCGUGUGCACUGCACCAAGAGACCAAGAGAGGCACCGAGGGUGACAAGCAAGAGAUGGGACAGGGCGGAACCCGGCCGCCCCACUGGACUUUGUCGAUAGCCCGGUCCGAUGAAUGGAAGAAGGGCACAAAGGCCUGUGACUGGCCCAAAUGGAAGGGUGGCAGGUGUGUGGGGCCGGUGGCAGUACCGCGAGGCUCUGCCAGCAAGCCAUCGACACCUGAUCCAAACUGGGCUGUCACUACUGAGAAAGAGUGGCCGCCACCUCAAUGUCAAAAAGGAAAACCAGGAAUUAUAGAGGCGCGUCAGGCCCAAACCAACAGCGACCUGCGACCUGCCCGGACACCACUCGGCUCCGACGCUCACAGUGGAGAUGAUGACCUUCGCCUAGGGAGCAAGAGUGGAGCUCGACCUCGAGUUGCGUUGGAGACUCGGCCAACGUUGGGGGGGGUGGACCCUGAUCUGAGAGAGCAUGGCACUCCACCUCUGCAAUGGCGCAUGGAGAACCGCCCCGGCCCAGUCCGCUUUGUCUCCCGUGUCCCACCCAAUCCCCGUCCUGAAAUCUCCCAGGGCAACGAUGAAGUUGGGGGCAGUGGACAACAGCAGCGAAACCUCAUUAUGCUUUCAGUCUCAAGAAUCCGUUUCGAGUGCGGACUCAACUCAACCCGAGAAGGCUUUAGGGAACUUUUGCGCCGAGUCGGUCUGACGCACUGCAACAUAGGCGACGAGUCAGUCUCGUCGCCCUGUAUUCUGCAUGUAACCUUGAAGCCAACACCUUCAGCGACUCUUCGGCUCUUGAGAAAGGCUCCCGUUGUCCCAGAGCCUCGGGUCAGACGCCAAGACAGCCCUGACAGGACCGCUGCCUCGGUGAGGGCUCGUGCUGGUCUGGGUUCAUCUCUCGUGCACGCCCCCGUUUUGUAA